UCCUCCUAUAAAAGGAGAAGCCUUUCUUUCUCUCAAAAAUCAAUUCUUUGCUCUCUGUUUCUCUCUCUGCUUCUUCUGAUCCUCAAUGUGUUUGAUAAUGGAAGCGGCGGAAGAUCACGUCGACGGUGGUGUUUUAGCUGCGCCGUCGAAUUUCUCGAUGGUCGAAGACGGGAUUUACCGGUCCGGGUUUCCUAAACCGGAGAAUUUCGGUUUUCUCACAACUCUAAAUCUUCGUUCCAUCAUCUAUCUUUGUCCUGAGCCAUACACUGAGGAGAAUCUCAAGUUUCUUGAGGCUAACAACAUUAAGCUUUUCCAAUUUGGAAUCGAAGGCAAAACGGUGCGUUUUUGUUUCUUGUUGAUCUUUGAGUCACUGUUGAUUUUUUUUUUUAUAACUGAAUCGGUUAUGAUUUUGCAGGAUCCUCCAACUCUUAUGCCAAAAGAUACAGUUUUGGAUGCUCUCAAAGUCUUAGUUGAUGUAAGAAACCAUCCUAUUCUCAUACACUGCAAAGCCGGAAAGCAUAGGACAGGUUGUUUGGUGGGAUGCUUGAGGAAAGUACAGAGCUGGUGUUUAUCAUCUGUGCUUGAGGAAUACCAGAAGAACGCUGGUUUGAAGUGGAGACAAAGGGAUUUGAAUUUCAUUGAGGCGUUUGAUACCCUGAGCUUGAGGCAGUGUCUAUUGAGCAUCAUGUAUCGUUAUCACGGCUAUGGCUUCAAGAGGAAAAGGCUUCUCCAUGAAGAAGAGAAUGUCCAGACGCCGAAACUGCAGGCUGCUAAAGUUUGAAAAUAAGAGCUAACCAAGUUAGUCAGGUUUGAUUUGUUUUUUUUAAGCAUUAGAAUUGUACAGAAAGGCUACUCUUCAUUAGUGCAUGAGAGGUCAAUUAGCUCCAUGACCACUAAUGCCUAAGUUACUUUUUAUCUUUUAUGUUUAACUUGUCAUUGUUGUAGCGAUUACCAUUAUUAUUAUAAUACAAUAAAAGAUUACUACA